AUGUGUGCAUUUGUUAAAUAUGAGCCUCAAGCCUACAAACUUUCUUCUCGUCGUCGAGAAAACGCAACCGUGAUCAAGCUUGAGGCUGGACCCGAGACACCGCCAUCGUAUACGAGCCCAACUUCGUCAUCCCAACAAGGCUUUUACGAACGCUCAUUUAUACCGAAAUAUCAGAACAGCCCGACCCAGAGUUAUCACUCGACAUCAACCUACGAAGACAUGUCUGACGGCCGAAACGAGGCCCGAGCGAUGCGUAUCCUCGAGAUUAUGAACGACUUCAGAACACUACAACACCACAUAUCAUCUCUAAUUGUUCGGCCGACGGCAAGUCCGCCCGACCAAGCAUCCUACUACCUUGACGGUUAUGUCGUGCUACGGCAAUGUGCAGCCGAGUCUCAAGCCAUUCUGGCGUCCCACUAUAAUCCUGGCAACCUUGGGCUCCAGGCUGGCCAACUUUCCGAAACAGAAGUCGAAAAGGCCACUUUACAGAGAAUCAUCCUCGACUCGUCGACCCGGCGUUUUCAAGCUCACAAGAUCUAUCUACGAGCGGCUGCCGGAAUGCGCUGGGUCCAAGUUCGUGGCCAAGUUUUGAAAGGCGACAAACCCAAUGGACGACAUGCGAAUGCUUUGCGGAGAGCUGAUGAGCAACUACGUGAGGAGCUCAGUGGCAUCACGGACGAACAUGUCAUGAGUGACCUUCGAGGUGCUGACCGUCGAAAAGGCUACUGGGUCGAUGAGGACCCUGCACUCGACCGGAUGCUACAGUGGAUACGAAUGCAACGGUGA